AUGGAAAACGAUAAGUCGAUACCGAAUGAGGUUUAUUCAUUCUUGAAGAAAAUUAAUUAUCCUAUCCCUGAGGAUGAAAACAUGGACGAAGUUAUAGACAGUAUUAUCGAUAGACUCGAUAAUACCAACAAAAAAAAAGCUAAAUACCACGAUUUCUUGGUAUUUUUAGCAAGAUAUUAUUUAAAAGAAAAUAAUUUCCAUGCAAAUAUUGAUCGAACUCUACUCAGCCGAGUAGUGAGAAAUUUAGAUAAGUCCUUAUCUGAUGCUAUGAAAGAGAAGAUGAAAAAUAGAUGA